CACUGAAACCAUUUUUACUAUGUAGGCCUAACAUGCACUGAGCUGAGGGAUCAACUGAUGAUCAGAUCGGACAUCAGAUCGGGCUGAUGUUCGGCAACAUCAGCAAAACAUUGGAUAGGCAAAAUUUGACGUUUCUUGCCGAUAUGAGUACCAGUGUUAAAUUGAAGAAAAAAAUCUACUCAGUUUUGGCAAACACAAAUCUGUAUUCUUAUUUGAGUAUUCAAAAAUUGUGGUUUUUCAUUUAAAGAGAUAACUAAACAGUUAUACCAUUUUUAAACCCAUGUAAAGUAUCCCCAAAAUUACAUCUGCAUGAUCCAUGCUGCAACAACUCAACACACAGACUGCAGACCCAAAAAGCAGUCAGUGUACAUGUUUACCAUAUCCAUUGACCACCAUGAAAAGAGCCAAGGAACAACACCCUGUGUGGCACCACAAGGUGCUGUGUGACCAGUCUGAAGGUAGUCCGAGAUAUAGCCUUUACUCAGGCAUGUGUGGCUACCUGGACACACGACGCUCACCUCUGCCAUUGGCAAGACGAAGACACCAACAUGAGUGGCAAAGCCACGAGCUGAGCACGGUGCACCAGUGCCAUGCGCAUCUUGACUAAAGGCCACCUGUGAUUUGGUCUGAGGUGAUGUCUAUUCCGCAUGUACCGAGUGCGUUGCGUGUAAAUACGACGGAGCACUACUGGUAUCGUGCGAGCGGCAAUGUGAUGUACACAAUUUAUUCUCUCAACUCAGUGACAAUAAAGGCAAAAAGCUAAUCCUAUUACAGGUAACAUGCAAACUGACAUUUCAAAUUUUAAGACAGUAUGCUGAUUUUGUGUUGUUAGGAGCAGGCCUACAUCCUGUUGUGGUUGCUUUUACAGUUACUGUCAGUAAAACCAUCGGAUUGGACAUCGGCCAAUGUUCCGAAUAAAACAUCGGACAAGAAGGUUUAACUCUUGUAACUCUUGGAAGCUGAUGGAACAUUCCCAUUGAGAAUGAGUUUACAGUAAUACCUUUUAAAUUCAAUAUCACACAUUUUAUUUAUGUAAUAAAAUUCAUCCCCAACUUAUGCCCAAACUUUCAUCAAUCCAGUCAAUUUCAAAACUCCAUCACCAUAAGCCUGAUCGCAAAUAAUGCAUGGUUGAUUUUGCACAAUGGUAGAAAGGCAUUCUGGGAAGGAAAACGGAGCACAAUGCCUUUACCAUUUACAAAAUCACCCAUGCAGUAUUUGCUGUAAGGUUUAAGAUUACAGCUUUAUUCACACCCAAAUAUUAUGAAAACUCUUCACACUUCCAUCACAGUAUUUCAAAGAAAACAUAAAACUGCAGGCCCCCAUCAAUAUACCAGUGACUCUCAACACUAACAUAACCAACCGAGGGCCAAAUCUAGAAGUAGUGGUCACUGAAUAGCGCCCUCUACAGUUCCUUUAAUUUGUUCAAGGAGCUUCGACAACUGGCCGAGAAGGUUGAGCAAUGGAGCUAAAUCCAGUUCUUGGGCCAGGCGACUGCCCCCAGUCUGGCCUGUGGUAUGUCAUCUCGUCCAUGGGGCUAUACCCCUCUGUCAGGGUGGGCCACACCUGCAGCUACCUGCCGGGCAAGACGGCAGCUGACAAAGGCAGACUGGUUGUGAUUGGAGGUGCUGACCCAAGCGGGGCAUACGCAGAGACAUAUCUGCUGGACCUGGACUCGUACCAGUGGACAACGCCAGACUACAGUGGCCUGAGACCUCGCUAUGAACAUGCCGUUUUCCAGCCGGUCAGUCAACCAAACAAGAUAUUUGUGUUUGGUGGUGCUGACCAAGGUAGAAACAUGAAUGACCUUCAGGUGCUGGACGUAGAUGCUGGAAAGUGGAACACUGUGACUGUCACUGGUACCCCACCUUCCCCAAGGACAUGUCGAAACUGUGCCUCACUGGGUGACAAACUGUACGUGUUUGGUGGUGGGCACCAGGGCGCGGAGCCUGUGAGUGACAGACAGCUGUAUGUCUUUGAUGCAGAGAGCGUGACAUGGACAUGUCCAGAGGUCAAAGGUAAAAAGCCAUCUUGCCGCCAUGGUCAUGUGAUGGUUGCCGUGGGAACUAAGAUAUACUUGCAUGGAGGAAUGGCCCGGGAGAUCUUUUUGAAUGACCUACAUGAGUUUGACACAAAAACUUUGACCUGGAAACAAGUGCGCUGCAAAGGUGAUAUACCCGUUGGCUGCACUGCCCAUGGAGCUGUUGCCGUGGGCGACAAGAUGUUCAUAUUUGGUGGUAUGACACCAAAUGGAGCGUUAGACACGACUUAUGUUUUUAAUACAUCCAAUUUAAGAUGGCAACGAGUGAAGAUAGACGGUGCACCUCCUGCCUGCAGGCUAGAUUUUGCAGUCUGCUCAGCCAGACUUUAUUAUGAUGUUGUUGACAGAGACGAUACCAGCUCUGCCUCGUUGGAAGCGGCACAAAAGCUGGCCACUGUUCUGGGUGGGGAUCUGAAAUGCGGCAUGGAGGACAACGACAGACUCAAAAGUGAAACGGGCGAUGGAGUAGUGCCAGAGUCCAGCAAGUCUCUGGAGGGCGCCGUGACCCAACCGCUUGGUGCCUCGGGAGACACGGACAACCCUGAAGGAGAGUGUGAGCUAGAUAGGGUCUCGCCAGCAGAGGGCGCCUGUGGCUCAACUGCAGGUGGUGAGGUUGGCACCGCUUCACCAGACGAGGGUGCCGUUGCUGUUGCAAGUCCUUCCGGGAAUAGCCAAGGUAACUGUGUCGUCUGUGUUGUCCAUGGGGGAAUGGAUACGGAAGGGCUGAUAUUUGAUGAUUGUUUGGUUCUGAGGUUGGAUAACUUGUAAUUAUGAUUAGAGAUUUUUGAGGACAAAUUAUCUGGUUAAACUUUUCUGACGGGUUUCCAAAUUGAACUGAACACGUGACCUUAUUCUACAAAGGAUUGGUCCGCCUUGCCUCCAAGAGAGCAUUGUUUACUGUUUACCACAAUAAUUCUCUCAUGUGCCGGUACUGGAGAUCUGGUCUUGUGUCAUAUACCUGUGCAAGAACGGGCGAAGCCCUGAAAGUCGACAGAAUAAUGUUAGCAGUUCUGUACGAUGCCAGUCCUUCCUUCCAGUUGUCACAUUGGCCUAUGCAUCAAAUACGCGGUGCGUUUUGAUGGGUACAUGGUGCGUGGUGGGUACAAGUUUAAACAUUGACUUCCUGCAAAAGUUUCUGGCCACAGUGAGGUUUGUGGUCGGUAUGAGAUAUUUAGGUUGUGCUCAGACUGAAGCUUGCUUAAAGAAGAUGCAGUAUCAAUGUGUGACCCUUGGAAAGGUCAAUGUGACCUUAAUGCAUUGAUUGAGAUGUAACUUCACUUUCAAGAUGGGAUGCCAGACGGAGAUAAUGACUGGACUACAAUAAGAUUUUCUUUGUUGGAUAUUUUGAUUUCUAGAAGCAGUUGUGGAAUAAAUUCUCGAAUAUUGUAUUA